UCUUUCUUCUGUUUCCUUUUAAAGCGGCAGCCCCCUUCCCCUCUCCUCUGCGCCUUCUCUUCGCUUCCCUUCCCUUCUCUCUCUAUUUGCAGCUCGGUUCUAAGCUAUAUAGCAACCAAGAUUUCAAAGUAGCGAUUAAAGAAUUGGCCCAAGGAAGAGAGCGAGCUAUUCUUCUUUAUAGAAGUCAUUGCCGGCUGUGUCACCUCUUCUCCUAGCUUCUGGAUUCUUCUUUUGGAUUCAUAGCGCUUCGAAUUGGCCAUUGCCGGCCGUCCACUGACGGUAGGUCCGGGUUUUUCGUAUUUGUUUUCGUAUUCUUCUUUGAGUGGUCAAGGAAUGGAUAGCUUGCAGAGGAAAGGGAGUUUCGUCUCUAUGUCCCCCUCUCACACCCCGAGAUCCAGUGAUAAGUACCGUUCCAGCGACAGCAAUGGGAAUUCCAACAGCAAGCAUGAUAGAGAAAAGGGGGUUAAUAUUCAAGUCCUUGUUCGAUGUCGGCCAUUAAGUGAAGAUGAGAAGAGAAUGAGCACCCCAGUGGUCAUAACCUGCAAUGAGAUUAGGAGAGAAGUUUCUGCCACUCAGAAUAUUGCCAACAAACAACUUGACAAAACCUUUGUUUUUGACAAGGUCUUUGGCCCGGAUUCACGGCAAGCGGAUUUGUUUGAUCAUGCUGUUGUUCCCAUCGUGAAUGAGGUUCUUGAGGGCUACAAUUGCACCGUAUUUGCCUAUGGUCAGACAGGCACCGGAAAAACUUACACCAUGGAAGGAGGAGGGAGGAAGGGAAAGAAUGGAGAGUUGCCGAGCGAUGCUGGCGUUAUUCCAAGGUCUGUGAGACAAAUCUUUGAUGUACUUGAGGCGCAGAGUGCUGAAUACAGCAUGAAAGUCACAUUCCUCGAACUAUACAAUGAGGAGAUAACAGAUCUUUUAGCUCCAGAAGAGUCUAAAUUCUCAGAUGACAAGUCCAAGAAACCUAUAGCUCUCAUGGAAGAUGGGAAGGGGGGAGUUUUUGUGAGAGGGCUGGAAGAGGAGGUAGUUUCUUCUGCAGGUGAAAUAUAUAAGAUACUGGAUAAAGGAUCUGCAAGAAGGCGCACUGCUGAAACUCUACUUAACAAGCAAAGUAGUCGAUCUCACUCCAUAUUUUCUAUAACCAUUCAUAUCAAGGAGUGUACACCUGAGGGUGAAGAGAUGAUCAAAUGUGGGAAGCUUAACCUCGUAGAUCUUGCUGGUUCUGAGAACAUUUCACGCUCGGGUGCUAGAGAGGGAAGAGCAAGGGAAGCUGGAGAGAUUAAUAAAAGCUUGCUAACACUUGGCCGUGUCAUUAAUACUCUCGUUGAGCACUCUGGCCACAUUCCAUACAGGGAUAGCAAAUUGACAAGAUUAUUGAGGGAUUCUUUGGGAGGGAAAACAAAAACUUGUAUUAUAGCCACAAUAUCACCUUCCAUACACUGUCUGGAGGAGACACUGAACACCUUAGAUUAUGCACACCGUGCAAAGCAUAUUAAGAAUAAGCCAGAGGUUAAUCAGAAGAUGAUGAAAUCUGCACUUAUCAAGGAUUUAUACUCGGAAAUUGACCGCCUUAAGCAAGAGGUAUAUGCUGCAAGAGAGAAGAAUGGUAUAUACAUUCCACGGGAUCGCUACUUGCUUGAAGAAGCUGAGAAAAAGGCCAUGACAGAGAAAUUGGAGCGCAUGGAGAUUGAUUUGGAAUCUAAGGAAAGGCAACUGGUUGAGGUUCAUGACCUUCACAAUUCUCAGAAAGAAUUGAGCAUAGAAUUACGUGACAAGCUUGAGAAAACUCAAAGAAAGCUGGAGGACACUGAACAUGCAUUGUCUGAUACAGAACAAAGAUAUAGACAAGCAAUCUCCGCUAUUAAAGAAAAAGAAUACUUGAUAUCUAAUCUCCUUAAAUCAGAGAAAGCCCUUGUUGGUCGUGCUUGUGAUCUUCGAUCAGAGCUAGAGGAUAUAGCAGCAGAUGUAUCUGGUUUGUUUUCAAAAAUUGAACGCAAAGACAAGAUAGAAGAUGCAAACAAAAAUCUUGUCCAUCAAUUCCAUGCUCAGUUGACUCAACAGCUGGAUCUUUUGCAUAGGACUGUCUCAGAUUCUGUCAUGCAACAGGAGAAUCAACUGAAAGAGAUGGAAGAAGGCAUGCAGUUGUUUGUCUCUAAAAAAGUUGAGGCUACUGAAGAGCUCCGAGGGUGCAUAGGAAAACUGAGAGAGAUGUAUGGUUUUGGGAUCAGAUCAUUGGAUGAUUUAGCAGGUGAACUAGAUGAAAAUUCCCAAUCAACUUUUGGAAAACUGAAUUCACAAGUCAUUACACACUCUUCUGCUCUUGAGGAUUGUUUCCAAGGUAUUGCAUUGGAGGCCGAUGAGUUACUUAAUGAACUUCAGAGUAGCCUAUUUAAACAAGAGGAAAAGCUAAGUGCAUUUGCACAACAACAGCGAGAGGGAUUUGUCAGAGCAGUAGAGACAACAAGGUCUAUUUCAAAGAUCACAACAAAUUUCUUCCUGACUCUAGAUGUCCAUGCAUCCAAAAUAAACCAGAUUCUGGAAGAAUCACAAACUGUCCAUGAUCAGAAACUUCUUGAGCUUGAAAAGAAGUUUGAGGAUUGUGCUGCUAUUGAAGAAAGGCAACUGCUAGAAAAGGUGGCAGAAAUGCUAGCAAGUUCAAGUGCCAGAAAGAAAACACUGAUUCAAGAAGCAAUUGGCGGUCUCUGUCAGAGUAAUUGUGAUAGAACCAAUAAUCUACUGAAGGAAAUGGACAUGGUUCGUGAUUUUACUUCAUCUGUCAAAGAACAAUGGAUGGUUUACAUGGACCAAACUGAAAACCACUACCUCGAGGAUACUGCUGCAGUUGAAAGUGGACAAUCUGUCUUGGAAGAAGGGUUGCGUCAUUGCUUGUCAAAGGCAAGAAUUAGCUCACAACAAUGGAGCGAUGCGAAACAUUCCCUGCAAAGCAUUGGAAAAAGCAACGUAGCAUCAAUGGAUUCCCUUCUUAGGAGUGGAAUGGAAGCCAAUCAGCUGUUACGUGCCAAGUUGUCUUCGACUGCCGCUACUGCUCUCCAAGAUGUUGAUGUCGCAAACGAGGGUCUCAUUUCCUCCAUUGAUGGUUUGCUGAAACUCGACCAUGAUGCACAUGGGAAUAUUGAUUCCUUAAUCAUUCCAUGUCAUGGUGAGUUGAGAGAGCUGAGGAGUGGACACCAUCACAAGACAUUGGAGAUCACAGAAAAUGCAGGGAAGUGUCUGGAAGAAGAGUAUCUGGUGGAUGAACCAUCUUGUUCAACACCAAGGCGAAGGGUAAUCAAUUUGCCUAGUGUGAAAUCCAUUGAGGAGCUGAGAACACCAGCAUUUGAAGAGCUACUGAAGUCAUUUUGGGAGGCAAAGUCAGAUUCGAAGCAAAUAAAUGGAGAUAUAAAGCAUUUUUCUGGGGCACACGAGAUUCAAUCGCAGGCUCCAAGGCUUCCCCUUACCACAAUAAAUUAAGGUUCAGGAGUUAAAAUAGUGACAUUCGAUAUAGUUCUCUGUACAGAAUAGUGCUACUCUAUAUGUUUGUAAGCAUCCUAUGCAUUCCUCAUAUAAUUUGUUGACUGCUUCUUUUCCCAGAUAGAUUGGAUUUUUUUUUUUUUUUUUUAAAGAUCCGAUUCGUGAUAUAGGUAGAUCAUGAUCAUCAUGAUUCAAAUUAGUGUUUUUUCUUUUUUUGGUAUACCAAAGAGACAGAUUGAGUUUUUGAGGUUUUCUAUUUUCCGCUAAAACAGGAAGAGAGACCUGUAAACAAAUUUGUCCUGUGGGGUAUGUGUUUUGCUGAGGAACGAUGUUGAGGAACUUGUGUCACAAGUAUUUUGUGCUGCCUGUUUUUUGAAUUACUUAUGCUGUUUCAAGGAUUAAGUUUAUUAGUAUCAAAAGGAUGUUAAAUGGUGUUUU